AUGAGCUGGAGAGAGAUUCCUUUGUUGUGGUAUGGUGCCAUAUUCAAGAGCCACAUAUUGGGCUGCCCAUGCGUGAUGAUAUCGAGCCCAGAGGCCGCUAAGAUGGUCCUUGUCUCGAGAGCCCAUCUUUUCAAGCCCACAUUCCCGGCUAGCAAAGAGCGCAUGCUCGGAAAACAAGCCAUAUUUUUCCACCAAGGAGAAUAUCACGCCAAGCUCAGAAAGCUCGUCUCACGCGCUUUCAUGCCCGAUUCCAUCAAAGCCAUGAUCCCAAAUAUCGAGUCCUUCGCCUUAAGUUCCUUGGAGUCUUGGGAAGAUAGACUAAUCACUACUUAUCAAGAAAUGAAAACAUAUACAUUUAACGUGGCGCUACUUUCAAUAUUCGGAAAAGACGAGGUUUUGUACAGGGAGGAUCUCAAGAGGUGCUAUUAUGAGCUCGAGAAGGGUUACAACUCGAUGCCGGUUAAUCUCCCCGGCACGCUUUUCUACAAGGCAAUAAGGGCCAGAAAGGAGAUGGCGAAAAUAUUGGCCAACAUUCUAACUCUAAGAAGGGAAAUGAAGCAAAGCCAUAGUGACUUGCUCGGGUCAUUCAUGGAGGAUUCUGAGGGUUUGUCGGACGAGCAAAUCGCGGAUAAUGUCAUCGGAGUUAUUUUCGCAGCUCGGGACACGACAUCUACUAUCUUAACUUGGAUCUUCAAGUUCUUGGCCGAAAAUCCGAGUGUUUUGGAAGCCGUUACGGAAGAGCAAGAGGCUUUGAUAAAAUGGAAGGAGGAUUGUGGGGAGAGUUCUGGUUUGAGUUGGGCAGACACAAAGAGAAUGCCUAAGACAUCAAGGGUUAUUCAAGAAACUCUGAGAGUUGCCUCUAUUUUGUCCUUUACUUUUAGAGAGGCUGUUGAAGAUAUUGAGUUUGAAGGAUAUCUAAUUCCAAAAGGAUGGAAAGUAUUGCCACUCUUUAGGAACAUUCAUCACAACCCAAAUCAUUUCUUGGAGCCUGAAAAAUUUGAUCCUUCAAGGUUUGAGGUGGCACCCAAGCCUAACACCUUCAUGCCAUUUGGCAGUGGGUCCCACUCAUGCCCAGGGAAUGAGCUGGCAAAGGUGGAGAUCCUUGUCCUUUUGCAUCAUCUGACCACAAAGUACAGAUGGGCUGUGGUGGGCCCACAAGAUGGCAUCCAGUAUGGGCCCUUCCCUCUCCCCAAGAAUGGGCUGCCCAUUGAGCUCUCCCUCAAAAAAUAGAAAAUGAUUACUAUAUUAAAAAAAAUAUAAAUAAAUAGAGAAGGAAGCCCAAUUUCACUGUGGAGAGAACAAGAAANAAA